UAAGAGAGAGAGAGCAAGAGAGAGAGCUAAUCAAAAGCAAGCGAGAGAGAGCAAGAGCAAGAGUGAGAGUGAGAGAAAGAGAGCAAAUCAAAAGCAAGAGAGCGAAGCAGAGAGAAACCAAGGGACGUCUUAACACGUCACAAUUCCCAGGAAAGGUUCUUUUGUGUGAAUUUAAAUGGGCUUCAGACAGAGGAUUCCCUUCACUUGGAGUGGAGCUGCUCUCUGUUCUGUAGUGUAGUGAAGCGGAGCGGAAAGAACAGGAAGAGAGGAGAGCAGAGGAGUGAAUUGGUCCCACUUCCCAUGCAGCCCAACUGUUUGACAGAUGGCAUGAUCCUUGGUUCUAACCCAGCUACUGCCCUUUUGUGCUCUGAGGUGCUGUCUGUGCGGAGCGAGAGAGAGGACAGUGGGUCACCGGUGCUCCAGGCGACGGACUGCAAGAGCCUACCCAACCUACAACACAUGCGCGGGACAGUAAUCAACUACCCAGGAGCAUACAGUACAGAGCUCAUCUGAUCUGUCAACUUCAAGACUGGAGUGUUGCUUGUACUUGGAGACAUCCUGUCUAGCAUUGGGAGUAGCAGGGACAGCCAGCCCUAGCAGCAAGCAGUAGGCAGGCAUCGAGCAGAGAGAGAGAGAGAGAGCUGUGAAUGUGUGUAACUGGGCCUGCCAGUUCCGGGGGAGAGAGGAGGAGUACUGUUACACUCCCUGACAGACCUUAUACAUGUUUCAUCUGCUGCUUGGAGAACAGACACCCCGUUUGUUGUCUAUUUCAGCCCUCUCUCCUGGCACGAAACGCUGCUGCAAACCGCUAGCCCUGUUGUCGCUUGACGACCAGCAACAGCCACACAUCUCCCCAAAGCUGAGGACCAAGCCAGGCCCCAGCUAUCUGAAGGACUCACCUCCUCACCUGUCAAGCCAUGCACAGGGACAUGGAGUAAGCUAACUUUGAAAACUAGUGGUAAGGAUCCAGAAGAGUAUAUAAGGCUAUAUGAGAGAUCAGUAAAUGAGGACGACCCUGGAUUUUUAAGUGUCUCUGUGCUGUUGCAGCAUCUUGGCACCUGACUCAACAACCAGCUACCGCCUCAGCUUCCGCCAACUACAGCUCCCAGCAAGCCUGCCAACCACUAAAACAGCGAGCCAGCCAGCACUUCUCCUCCAAUAUCCACUGUCCUCGACCAUGAACGAGAACUUACGGCCCCCAUCACUCCAGGUGAGCGUUCCCCGCGAUGCCCCUGCCUACUCGGAUGGGGGGAACGGCGGGGUCUCAGAUGGUCCUGUGUGGUCAAGCUUGUCCACCCCAACGCUACGACGCAAGCGCUUCAAGAUGAGGCGCAUGAAGAACACGCCCAGUGAGAGGGAGAAGGAGAAGGACAGGGGUAGGCUGGUGAAUGGGUGGCUAGCCUCCACCCACUCCCACUCGGGCUCCAAGGAGUACCUGCAGCUGCCCUCCAUCGAGAUCACCCGGUCCAGCGACGAAGAUGGGGCCACCUGGUCCAACUUCUCUACGCCCAGCGCCUCACCCCGACGCAAGCGCUUCCUGCUCCGCAAGUGGCUGAGGGUGAGAGAGAAGAAGGAGCACACCGGCAGCGAGAGCAGCAGCCAGCAGAGCAGCCAGCAGAGUAGCCAUGAUGAUGACUCCACUCGCUUCCUGACUCCCUUCAACCUAGAGGAGAGGUUUGACAGUGCAGCGGACAAGAUCAGCACUGCCAGUAACUCCAACAGGAGCACGCCCGCUUGCUCGCCCGUCUUGCAUCCUAAACGCUCGCGCUCGCCCACGCCCCAGAGCCUUGAGCCUGGUGAGAACAUGGUGGAGAAGGGCCACUCUGACCACUCUGACAAGUCCCCCUCCACCCCCGAACAAGUGGUACAGCGAACCUACUCUCUGCAGUCCGCCCGCAGCGGAGGCAAGAACUCCAAGUCUCACAAGCGACUUUCCAAAAAGAGCCAGAGCUGGUACAACCAUGAAAGACAACACAUCCUGAGAGUGUUGAGCCCCACAUAUAAACAGCGUAAUGAGGACUUCAGGAAGCUCUUCAAGCAGCUACCGGACACAGAGCGACUCAUCGUGGAUUACUCCUGUGCCCUGCAACGAGACAUCCUCCUGCAGGGCCGACUCUACCUCUCAGAAAACUGGAUCUGUUUUUAUAGCAACAUCUUCCGCUGGGAAACGCUGCUGACUGUGAGGCUGAAGGACAUCUGCACCAUGACAAAGGAGAAGACAGCCCGCCUCAUCCCCAACGCCAUCCAGGUGUCCACAGACGGUGAGAAGCACUUUCUCACCUCAUUUGGAGCACGGGACAGGACCUACAUGAUGAUGUUCAGAUUAUGGCAGAAUGCACUGCUGGACAAACCCUUGUGCCCCAAAGAGCUAUGGCACUUUGUCCAUCAGUGUUAUGGCAACGAGCUUGGCCUGACCAGUGACGACGAGGACUAUGUUCCCCCUGACGACGACUUCAACACCAUGGGGUUCUGUGAGGAGAUCCCUAACGAGGAGAAUGAGAUCAGUAAUGACAACUUGUCUAAGAGCAGUGCCGAGGCCAAGCACGAGGGCAGCCCACCAUCCAUACACAAGAAAUGCAUCAUCACCAACAGCACCAUCAGCUCAACCAUCAGCAGCGAGCCCCUCUCUGUGAGUCUCAGCGACAUAAUAGAGUUUGACCUCCCUCCAGACGAAUACAUCGACUGCCUCCCUGACGGGGAGCUGCUGGCCUUGCCCCUGGUGCUGGAGCAGAGGCUAGCGGAGGCCAGCGGCCUGGUGCCCUCAACCUCCCUAGACUUCAACGACAAUGAAGACAUCCCCACCGAACUCAGCGACUCCUCAGAGACCCACGACGAGGCAGGGGAAGUGCAGGCCUUCCACGAUGACCUUAAAGGGAGACAGUACAUCGAUGAGGUUUACAAGUUCAGUGUGGACAAGAUGUACGACAUCCUCUUCACAGAAUCCCAGUUUAUGACCGACUUCAUGGAACAGCGCAGGUUCUCUGAUAUAGUGUUUCACUCCUGGAAGAAGGACGACGCAGCGGGGAACCAGACGAGAGAGAUCAUGUACACCAUCUCCCUGUGCAACCCGCUGGCCCCCAAGACAGCCACUGUCACAGAGACCCAGACACUGUACAAGGCCAGCCAUGAGAGUGAGUGCUACAUCAUCGAUGCUGAGGUCAUCACACACGACGUGCCCUACCACGACUACUUCUACACGCUCAACCGUUACAUGCUGACACGGGUGGCCAAGAACAAGUGCCGUUUAAGGGUGUCCACUGAGCUACGUUACAGAAAACAGCCAUGGGGAUUAGUGAAGGGCUUCAUCGAGAAGAACUUCUGGAGCGGGCUGGAUGAGAACUUCCGCCAUCUUGAGUUGGAGCUGUCGAAGGUGGAGGAUGUGGUGUUGGAGUCGGCCCGGCCCUCUCCCAAGGUCAAGGUGGUGAAGACGUCUGUGAGGCGGAGGAAAAGACCACUGGUCCAACUACGGAGCCAGCACCUGGACGACGCCCUCCUCAGCCCUGUCACCACGCCAACCGAGGACGAGGUCAUCCACCGCAUCAAACAUGUGGGCGUGACAGGUUCCACUCAGACCAGACACAUGCCUGAGCAAGUCCCUGGAGGCUUGGCCCUCUACAGUGUCUCCAAACUGCUGCUCAUCAUCAGCUUUGUCCUGGUUUUGCUGGUGUUGCUCAACAUGAUGCUGUUCUAUAAGCUGUGGAUGCUGGAGUAUUCUGCACAUCCUCUUACCACCUGGCAAGGGCUGCGGAUACAUGAGAAUAAACUGCCUCAGACGCAGAUGGAGUGGGCCCAGCUCCUGAAGUCCCAACAGCGUUACCAUGAUGCUGAGCUGCAGAAGUGGAGAGAGAUCAUCAAAUCCUCAGUGGGACUAUUAGACCAGAUGAAAGACUCUCUAUCGAACCUUCAAAGGGGCAUUGACUUAAGGGACUACAGCUCAGAAGCUGAGGAGAAAAGAAGCCGUUACCACUGACAUACGACCUUAGGCCAUGAGGGCAUGGUGUGCAAUAUAGGAGCUGUUUGUGUGUAAGUAUGCAAACGAACAAAGAGAGACAAGAGACAGACCGACCGCGAGGCGAGCUGGGCCCAGUGUGACAGGAAUGACUGCCGGCUGACGCCCUCCCCUCAGCUCAGAGGUCACGACCCCGCAAGUCAGACUAUGGACAGGAAGUUCCCCUACCACAGAAAGGAAAUUAACAGUGGCGUUCCCACAGCACUGAAGCAUUGUGGGAAGGUGACAGCCCAGCGUACCUUGACCCCACUUCUGUCUCUUAUUUUUCUUUGUCUUUUAAUGUUGGAAGGACAUCGUCCUAUCAGCCGUUGCCAUGUGGGGAAUAAAGGACAACAAAACCUCAGCAUGUGAUUUUACUCCUCACCUUAACUCCUCUCGAUGAGCGUCUGUCUGUGGUUCCAUUCCUGCUCUGUGAGUGUCUAAAGAGGAACAAAAGGGGUCCUACAGUCUCUAGGCUUUCUACACUCCCUUGACUGUUCCAAACCGACCAUCUCCUCAAGGUCCACGCUGCAGUGUCCCUUUUAUUAAACCCUCUGAUCUUGGCCACAGACCAUGCUCUAGAGUAGCUGGACUACCAGCAAAUAUAUAUUAUAGAGUGUGUGUGUGUGUGUGUGUGUGUGUGUGUGUGUAUGUAUAUAUAUAUAUAUAUAUAUAUAUAUAUAUAUAUAUAUAUAUAUAUAUAUAUAUAUAUAUAUAUAUAUAUAUAUAUGUGUGUAUGUGUGUGUAUGUGGAAGCACAGUUCCACUGAAAUGUCUCUACUGCCUUGUUUUUUUCCGGUGCUCAACAGUGCAUCAGGGCUGGUUUCCCUAAUCACCUAGAGCUGGGCUGUUGUGUUGGAAUAUGAAUAAUGAUUGAUUUAGGUGGAGCAGGGUCCUUCUCACAGGUACUCAAUACAGGGAAAAGUUAAAAGAUUUCAGGAUGUUAUUGGAGACAGAGAGGAUAUGUAUUGUGGUGCGUCAAAACAUCCAUGCUUGGUGACAAAUGGGUUUCCUGUUAACAACAGGAAUUUAUGGAAUUUAGAGUCUUCUUGAAGGUUUAUGAAUGAGCUUUGUUGUAUUACAACUAUUGUACUAGUUGGGUAAUGCAGUCAAUUGCCCAUCAGACUUAACAACUAUUUUGACCAAUUUUUAAGAAUGAUAGCUAGCCUACACAUGUUUAUCAAUUUAUUAAUUAGUUAACUUGCUGUCACUGCUACUUUCAAAGUACGGAAACAAUACAGAGCUUUCAUUUAUCAGUUACUAGCGACUUGUUUUAUGCACAGUUCCAUUAUUUGUUGCACAUUUAUCUAAAUGAGUUUGUACAGAUCCGUAAGACCCGAGAAUGUAGUACAAAUUGAGCAGUAGGCUUUUCUGUGGGAAACGUCAGCAUGCAGACUAAGAAGUCAUUGAUACUUGAAAAGGGGAUACUGCAGCAAGACAAUUAGAGAGACCUGUGUUCUUAUUAAGUGUUUUAUUACUAAACUGUGACUAUAUCUCUUAAAAAUGUUUGAAGAUGGAAAGAAUGAUAGAAAUAUAUUUGAAAUAUAUGUAUAUUAUAUAUUUCAAGAUAUAUACACAUUGCAGAUAUUUAUUGUUUAUUUAUGUAUAAAGGAAAGUUAUCAGAGCUCUAGGCGGGUUCAAGAAUUUAUAAGGAAAAAUGUUUCUUUAGGAAAGCAUGCCAGAUAUGUCUGUGACAUGUCUAGUGUGCAUGUGUGCUUGAGUGUACUGUAUGUUUCUGUGUGUGUGUGUGUGGGUGCACAUGUGUUAUUUUGUAGUGACAUUUCUAUCAUUCUACACUUGGAUGUGUCUCAACAUUUCAUGAUGUACAUGAUGUAGCCAAACUGCCUUUCAUCAUGCCCAUGCAUUUGGAUGCAGCCUUGCAUUAGCCUCUCUGGCUAGCAGUUUACAAUCAACCACAUAUGGUCAUUUCUGUGUCCAUGCCAAGUGGCUUGACUCAACCACACACACCCUCUUUGCUUAUCCUAUCAACAAUCUGCGUCCUCACUUAUUCCAAAUCAUACACGCACCUUCACUCUCCCUGUCCAAUGUUUGUGUUGGAAUCUGUACACAAUUCAUUAAAUUGAGCCAAAACAAUUUAUCAUUGAUUUAUUUAUCAUUGAUUUAUUGAAAGGCGAGUAAACACCUGCUGUUAACCUCAGCUAGGCAAUGUCUGAAGAAGUGUACCCCCUAGCUGCGGCAAGAGCUCAGUAAUAAAAGCGCUUAAUAAAGACAGUACUGCACUUUAUGGACCUUCCAAAUAGUGAAUGAAAGAAACUCCGUGGUAUUUCAGCCAUUAUCUUAUAGUGAAAAGGAAGCCCUUUUUGCAUUCUAAAAAGUAUUACUUGUAUCCAACAUAGAAUGCUUACUCUGUAUCUUUGAUUGAAAUAAAAUGUCUCAAGUACCCAUUCAACAUAUUUCUAUUCACUUGAUGAUGUAAUUAUGUGACAAUGUUUGUCCCAAAAGAGCAAUUCCAGCCAGCUUUGUGUUACUCUCUUAGAUAUUUCAGGGUUUGACAGGACAGGAGUGGGUUGUAUGUGGAUUUUGGAGGAGUGGGUAGCUAUCUCUUUAAUGCAGGGAUGUCAAACAAAUUUUGCCCCAGGGGUCACAUUCGGUCCUCAACGAGGUCUGGAGGGCAGCUUUGAAAAUUGGUUAUAUUUCCUCGCCAUCAAAAUUGGCAAAAUAAUUGGUCCUCUAUCUAUUGAUUUUAUAAUUUUCGAUGCUCCCUGACUGUGUUGCUUUCCUUUCGGUGAUUAUUCGCGAGCUGUUCAAGAAACUGUAUGAAUGUAAGUCAAUUGUAAAAUUUCGACACUGUUUCGAUUUGGUUUUAGUAAAGUAUAUUGAGUUUGUUUGAGUAUGUUUGACCCCCUGCUGUAAUGUGUGCUGUCGUUGCAUUGGUGAGUUACUGAUUAAGUAAUCGCUCGUGGACAGACUAUACGCAAGACUCUAGUUAGUGAAUGAGUUCUUAUCCUGAAAGCAUGUUUUAGGCUUUGCUCUCCUGCGGCGUGUCAUGUGAUGACUUUUGAUAUUGCAAGGUCUAUUAUUGGUCAUUUAUGGAAAUCUUAACAUCUGAAUCACAGUGGUUGGAAAUGUUUCUGUUUUAUAGAAAUCACUUUCACAAUCAAGGUAUAUUAUACUGAAAGAUAUGGUGAGUUUUUUUUUUAAAUAUGUGAUUAUAUUUCAUAUGUGAAAAUGUGACUGAAAUGCUUUGUUUAUUUUUAAAGUGUAUGGACUUUUUGAGUUAGAAAAUUCCUUGGAUUUCUGUAUUUAUUUUAGUAAUUAAAAUGGACCAUUUCAAAUAAUCUGAAAGAAACAUGGUAACAUACCAUGGGUUCAUCAAGUUAGCAUCUAGAAUGUCUGCAUAAGAUGGGUGUAUUCAUUGUUAUUCAUUCCGAAUUGUUAAUUUAAAGUAAUCUCAUUCUGCAAUUCAUGGCAAUACCACAAAACAUUACAACUAGAUAAUAAGUAUGUAAUUAGCUGUUAUGCAGAAUUAUAACAUGUUAUGUGUCAUAUGAGUAAACAUCUUAUGGUGGUGCGUAUGAACUCGUUAUUAGGGUAUCGUUUAUGUUUAUUUAAACAACAAGCAUUAUACCAUAUUGUAACAGUAUUCAUAGACUUUAUGGAUGAUAGCUCAAGAUCAAGUGUUUAGCUUUCGUUUUUUCAACUCUAUUACAGUGACCUGUCAUAGAAAACACUAGAUAUUCAAUCAUAUUAUUCAACAUUCCUCUCAAUCACCAUUACUAUCUAAAUAUAUAUCCCAUGACCUCUCAUAGAUCUGUUUUGUUUUUUUGUGGGGUUUUUGUGUGUAAGCUAACACAUUUUUUUGCAUUACCAAGUAUGAUUGUAUGAUUCUAUUCUUGAGCUAUUCUUGCUCUAGAGCUGCCUUGACAGCGCCAUUCUGUUGUCAUCAACACUGCAUUCAUUGUGUGUUUCACUGACUACAUUAAUUGAAAUCUGCCUUGCUGUUACGAUUAGAGCAGUAGCAAGGCACUGUCCCACUCGUACUGAAAUCUCUGGCUAACGCACAAAAGUCCUGAACAAAUUUAUAGCAACGUUCUACAAGUGUGUCUUGGCAUUAUCUUACUGGUUUAGCUCAGUUCAAAAAGAAACAUAAUGUAUGUUUUUUUGUCCUGUUUUGAUCUGUAGAAUGUAUCUUAAUUCGAUUUAUACAUGGUAUGUACACUACCGUUAAAAGAUGGGGUCACUUAGAAAUGUCCUUGUUAUUUAAAGAAAAGCUCAUUUUUUGUCCAUUAAAAUAACAUCAAAUUUAUCAGAAAUACAGUGUAGACAUUGUUAAUGUUGUAAAUGACUAUUGUAGUUGGAAACAGCUGUUUUUUUAUGGAAUAUCUACAUAGGCGUACAGAGGCCCAUUAUCAGCAACCAUCACUCCUGUUUUCCAAUGGCAAGUUGUGUUAGCUCCAAGUUUAUAAUUUUAAAAGGCUAAUUGAUCAUUAGAAAAGCCUUUUGCAAUUAUGUUAGCACAGCUGAAAACUGUGGUGCUGAUUAAAGAAGCAAUACAUCUGUGCUUCUUUAGACUAGUUGGAGCAUUUGUGGGUUCGAUUACAUGCUCAAAAUGGCCAGAAACAAAUAACUUUCUUCUGAAACUCGUCAGUCUAUUCUUGUUCUGAGAAAUGGCUAUUCCAUGCGAGAAAUUGCCAAGAAACUGAAGAUCUCGUACAACGCUGUGUACUACUCCCUUCACAGAACAGUGCAAACUGGCCCUAACCAGAAUAGAAAGAGUAGUGGGAGGCCCCGGUGCACAACUAAGCAAGAGGACAAGUACAUUAAAGUGUCUCGUUUGAGAAACAGGCGCCUCGCAAAUCCUCAACUGGCAGAUUCAUUAAACAGCACCCUCAAAACAUCAGUCUCAACGUCAACAGUGAAGAGGUGACUUCGGGAUGCUGGCCUUCUAGGCAGAGUUCCUCUGUCCAGUGUCUGUGUUCUUUUGCCCACUUAAAUCUUUUCUUUUUAUUGGCCAGUCUGAGAUAUGGCUUUUUCUUUGCAACUCUGCCUAGAAGGCCAGCAUCCUGGAGUCGCCUCUUCACUUUUGACAUUAAGAUUGGUGUUUUCCGGGUACUAUUUAAUGAAUCUGCUAACGAGCCAUUGGAAUUAGCUAAUGUGCCAUUGGAACACAGGAGUGAUGGUUGCUGAUAAUGGCCUCUGUAUGCCUAUGUAGAUAUUCCAUAAAAAAUCUGCCGUUUCCAGCUACAAUAGUCAUUUACAACAUUAACAAUGUCUACACUGUAUUUCUGAUCAAUUGAUGUUAUUUUAAUGGACAAAAAAAUUGCUUUUCUUUCAAAAACAAGGACAACUUUUGAAUGGUAGUGUAUAUAUAUAUAUAUAUAUAUAUAUAUAUAUAUAUACUGUAAGUAUACGUUGUGUAUAUCUGCAGUGUACACACACUGACAAGAGAAUCAAACCUGCGCUGUGCGUGGGUUUUGACUUGCCGAGAACUUUGCCUAAUAGGAACUAAGAUAAAAUGGUUUUCUGGUAGAUGUGAAGUAGAGAUGGGAAGUAUGAAUAAAAAAGUAUUGAACAAAAACAUUCAA